AUUCCAGCGCUGGACUGGAAGGGUCCACAGGCAGGGAGCCACAGGCAGGCAAUUUGGCCCAGCCGCCCCGCGGAGACAGCGCCCGUUUAAGGCUUAGGGACCUUUCCCCGACAACCCCAAAGCCCGGCGAGGCGGGAGGGCCGUAGCUGGUGUCUGCUGGGGACAGCGGGCGGGCGCUGGGCAUUUAGGGACUGUUCCUGCGGGCGGGCCGCUGAGCGGCCGGGAGAGGGAGACCAGAGGGGACGGUGGGGCGAGCAAAGCGGGGCUCAGCCGGGAGGGGGGCCUGGGAAGACCCUCCCGGGAGAACCCGAUGGCGGGCUCCCAGCCCCCGGUGCCUCGCACGGUGCCAGGCCCUCACCCCCGCACCCCCCAGGCUUAGCGUGUGCUGAUGGACUGAGCCUAGAGUCGUGUGGCAACGGGUGAGGGCCAGGGCCUGUGGGGAGAGCCAGCCCUCCCCCUCCAGCUGUUCCCAGAUGUCAUUCUGCCCGCCCAGGCGCCUGGUUCCUGAGCUCAGGGGGAUUCCACGGUUACUAAGCUACUGGUUUUUGUUGACUUUUAAAUAUUUUCUUCUACGGGAGAGGGGGAGGGGGGCAAAAGUCAGGAAAGAGCAACUAAAAACAGAUCAAAAUAAGCUCCCCCUCCCCGCAAGAAAGCUGUCCUCCAUUCACCUUUCAAACACAAACCAAGGGCCUCUGAACAGUCACCUUUCUGGACCAGCGGUCAGACAGAACUGACCUCCUUCCUCCCCAUCCUCACUGCCCUUUCUGGUGAAUGAGGGGUGGUGGUGGAUGGUCAUCCUGUCUUCAAGCCCUGGGUGGACAAAGGGGCUUCCGGAAAGAGAGGAAGAGGAUGGCCAGUGGCAAUAGGCUGGCUUCGUCCUCAGCCCUGGUGGCCAAGGGCCCCUCUGCCCUAGGCCCGUUCCCCAGAUACAUCUGGAUCCACCAGGACACACCCCAGGACAGCUUAGACAAGACUUGCCAUGAAAUCUGGAAGAGAGUUCAGGGCCUGCCAGAGGCCCUGCAGCCCAGGACCUCCAAGGAGCAGCUCUCUGCCCCCGUGACUGGCACUCCGAGAGACAACGGGCUCAGCUUCCAAGAAGAGGCUCUGGAGCUCACCAGUGGCAAAGACGAGAUCUCCUUGUUGGUGGAGCAGGAGUUCUUGAGCCUCGCCAAAGAGCACCUCAUCCUGGUCACCAAGAGCUCGGGGGAGCUGGAGGCACCCAGAAGCAACCCUGAGGGGCCCAGACAGCCAGCCCCUCGCCUUCUCAUGCCUUCGCUGGUGGCCAGCAGCAGUGAGCACCCAGGAGCCUCCGUCAUGGUGGGUGACAAGCUCCUGGAGCCGAAGGUGGCCCUGUCGGUCGUCGGCAGCCAGCCAGACUGUGAUUCUGCCACAUCUACGGUCACGGGCAUCCUGCGUGCUGCCAAGGUCAAGAGUGCCAAGGGGACAGAGGACAGGAGCCACAGCCUGGGGGCCUCCAGCUCGGAGAUCAGCAAGCUCCUGGCUCAAUUCCCACUGAAGUCCACAGAAAUGUCCAAGGCCCCUGACAACAAGAUGGUGUUGGAGGAGACCCGGGUCAUCAAGGACUUCCUGCAGAGCAGCAUGUUCAGUGGCCCCAGACCCAGAGAGCCCGCGGGGCUGGGCCCGUUCCUGCUGCUGCCUCCCCCGCCUCCGCCUGUGCUUCCCAACAAACUCCCUGAGCUCCCUGCUCAGAAGAAGCAGCUUCCAGUGUUUGCCAAGAUCUGCUCCAAGCCUGAGGCUGACCCCAUCAUGGAGGGGUACCAACUGAUGGAACGGAACCCAAAUGCCAAGGAGCUGACCAGGCGCCGAGAGAGCCUGUUUCUCAGCCAGUGGUCCCCGAGCCAGAAGGACACCUGUGGUGAGGAGGGUGGCAGUGACCCCAUGGGUUCCAUGACCAUGGCUCUGCCGGCCAAGAAGCCUGCCUGGCAGGCCAAGAAGAACCUGCUCUAUGAGUUCCUUGGGGCCACCAAGAACCCAAGCGGGCAGCUGAAACUUCGUGGCAAAGUGGAGGUGGACAGGCUGGAGCUGAAACUUAACCCACCUGAGACAGGGGCCGACAAGAACAACUUCAAGUACACGGGGAACGUGUUCACCCCACGCUUUGCCACCGCUUUGACCUCAGCAACCCUGAACCAGCCCCUCUGGCUCAACCUGAACUACGCACCUCCGCCCGUGUUCACAAACCCCUCCACCUUCCCCCAGUACCAGGGCCUGUACCCUCAGCGGGCAGCCAGGAUGCCCUACCAGCAGACCCUGCACCCCCAGCUGGGGUGUUACUCCAGACAGGUGACGCCAUACAACCCCCAGCAGAUGGGACAACAGAUUUUCCGCUCUUCCUACACCCCCCUGAUGAGCUACAUCCCCUUCGUCCAGCCCAACUAUCCGUACCCUCAGAGGACACCUCAGAAGCUGGCCAGCAAUCCCCGAGACCCUUCCCCCAUGGCAGGAGACGGGCCGCAGUACCUCUUCCCCCCGGCAUACGGGUUCGGCUCAACGUCCAGUGGGCCCCUGAUGAACAGCCCCUACUUUUCCUCCAGUGGGAAUGGCAUAAAUUUUUAGAUCUCCUUCUUACCUCCCUCCUCCCACCUUAGCCCCUGGAGCGGGGCUAAUGGCUCUGGAAUUCUGUAUUCUGCAGCAGCUUGGUAUGAAAUUUGGAAAGCCAAGGUUCCGACCAGGUCACAGACAGAAAACAGCAAGGCCAGACGCAUCUAUGGACCAACACUCAUACACGCACACAGUCCACCCUCACGCAAACUGCAGACCACAAACUCCCCCCUUGGAUUCAUACUCACUUGCUCAUCCACACAUGCAUCUGUAUUUAGCUAACAUGAGUGAUUUUUGUUUUUGUUGUUGUUGGUAAAAUAGAAGUAAGACACUUAAUUUUAGAAAGUUUGUAUUUUCCGAUAAAAGUAUGAGCUGCUUGACAUA